AUGGAGGCUCACGGCUCGACAGGGUCAGUCGAAUGCAUGACCGGUGGACAAUGUGUGAUUCAUACAAGCGGAUCCAGGUACCCCAAUAUGAUGGGAUGCUGCUACGAUUCCGAUCCUAACAACUGCCGAUUCGAAACUGCCUGUUAUGACUCGAGCAAGCUCAAGGCCACCCCGUCUCUGACCUCCUCAUUGAAUGUCAACUUUGACGUUCUCUGUGUUCGAGAAUUAAGCUCAGCCUGUGUUACCUGGACCUACCCGGAACUCGAUAUGACUGAUUACGGAUGUGGGCCAACUGCUACCCUUCAGACGAUUUAUUUGACGGCCUCCAGAUCGCAAUCUCAAUAUAGAACCAUAAGUGGCUAUUACUAUUACACCACAAUCAUGACCGCGGAGCCUAUUGCCGUUAACGAUGCGUUCAUCCGCAAUUAUGAUAAUGUUAAUAGGUCCGCAUUUUUGGUUACAGAGACAGGGGCCCCGAGGGCUUCGACUUCUGGGCUUUCGGGUACCAGCUUAGCGACGAGUACUUCCAGCCACUCAAGCGGGAGUGGAAGCGGAGGGCAUUCCAAGUCUUCAAACACAGGUGCCAUCGUUGGCGGUGUGGUGGGUGGUGUCGUGGGCCUAGUUGCAAUUAUCUGUGCAAUUUGGGCGUGCAUAUGGUAUGCCAGAAAGAAGAAGCAAAACCCCGAAGGCACAUAUCCGUCAGCUCCAGUCCAGCCAUAUAUGCAAUCGAUGCCACCCGCCGCAGCUGAAGCUGAGGGAACUUUGGGCAAGCCCGCCCAAAGAUACUCUGCUGUUGCCCCUCCCCCAUAUACUGCUGAACUUCCGGCGGGCGACUCAUACUUCAACCCACAUGAUACAGGUUCGCCUUUCGUUGCCGAGCUGACGGCUGGGGCUGCUGAGCCACCGCAAUAUCAAAGAACGGAAUUGGAUGGGUAUACGGAUCAGACUCGUCCUAUUGGACGGCAGUACUAUGGACGCUGA